AUGGUCGUGUGUCCGAUAUGUGAGCGUCCGGUCAAGACCUCCGAGAUCAACAGCCACAUCGACUCGGGAUGCGAGACCUUCCUCCUCGAGAACGGCGAAGCUGCCACGGCGGCAACGCCCGCGAAUGGAACGGCGAAUGGGCGGAUCCCUUCUCCUACACAGACACAAAAUGGAACGCAAUCAUCACAGAAAAGAAGCGCUGCUUCCACCUUCUUUCAGACUCCCGCAGCGAAGAGACAGGCCACCAACUCAAAGCCUUUGACACCAGUGGUGAACGGCGCUGCCAAUGGGACAACGGCAAAGGUCAAUGGUAUCAAGAGGUCGUUCGACGAAGGACCUGGUGAAAGCUCUCCGCUGCAGGCUCCCGAGUCGAAGACGGACACGCCUAUGGCUGAGGCUGGACCAAUAGUGAAAAGGACCAAGACGAACCGAGCUGCACCUCUCGCCGAGCGAAUGCGACCGAGCAAGUUCGACGACGUGUUUGGGCAAGAUCUCGUGGGACCGAACGGUGUUCUGCGUGCCUUGAUAGAGUCGGACAGAGUUCCGUCGAUGAUAUUAUGGGGAGGCUCAGGCACGGGAAAGACAACGAUCGCAAGAUGUAUAGCACACAUGGUAGGCAGCCGCUUCAUCGAGCUGAACGCAACCUCGACUGGCGUGGCGGAGUGCAAGAAGCUGUUCCAGGCGGCGGCGAACGAGCAACAGUUGACGGGGAAGAAGACAAUAAUUUUCUGCGACGAGAUUCAUCGUUUCAGCAAGUCGCAACAGGAUGUCUUUCUGGGACCGGUCGAGUCUGGCACAAUUACUCUCAUCGGCGCCACAACAGAGAAUCCGUCAUUCAAGGUCCAGGCGGCAUUGCUAUCGCGAUGUCGGACGUUUACGUUACAGAAACUGUCGACGGAGAACAUCCAGCACAUUCUGUUCCGUGCUCUGAAGGAAGAAUACGAGGCGAAUCCUUCAGAGCCCCUUUCCCCCUUAAUUGACGAAGAACUCCUCACCUACCUAUCCGCAUUCGCAGAUGGCGAUGCCAGGACAGCUCUGAAUCUGCUGGAACUCGCCCUAUCACUGAGCAAGAAAGUCUCGGCGGAUCCCGCGAAGCCCUUAACAAAAGAAGACAUAAAAGCCGCGCUGACCAAGACACUUGUCUACGACCGUGCUGGCGAUCAACACUACGAUACCAUUUCCGCCUUCCACAAGUCUGUACGCGGCUCCGACCCGGAUGCUGCACUAUACUAUCUCGCGCGCAUGCUACAGUCUGGUGAAGACCCGCUCUUCAUCGCUCGGCGCAUGGUCGUCAUCGCAUCUGAAGACGUGGGCCUAGCGGACAACACACUCCUACCUCUAGCUACGGCUACCUACACAGCAACGUCGCAGAUCGGCAUGCCGGAAGCCAGGAUACCGCUGGCGCACUGCGCAGUGGCGCUGAGCAUGGCGCCGAAGAGCACACGGACGUACAGAGGACUAAACAAUGCGUAUGCGGCGCUGCGGGAGCCGGGCGUGGCAGGCUUGCCGAUCCCCAUACACCUGAGGAACGCGCCGACGAGGCUGAUGAGAGAGAUGGGCUACGGGGCGGAAUAUAAGUAUAACCCGAACUAUAAGGAUGGGCGGGUGAAGCAAGACUAUCUGCCUGAUGAGCUGCUCGGACGCAGGUUCUUGGAGGACAGAGACUUGGGUACGGAGAUCGAUCCGGACUUGGAAAUGGAAGGAUAG